AUGUGGGCGCUAAAGCUGAGGGUUCUCAGAGAAAUUGCCCGAAAAUGCGUUUGUUUAUUGAGUUUAAACUUUCAUCUGAAAUAUAAGCUUCGAUAUCUCCACGUUAUUUCACUGCAGUCGUGGGAUCGUAGGCAAAGAGUGGGAGCCUAUCGAUGCUUUCGCGCAGAAGAGUCAGAUUCAGGUGGCAAAGGUGCUAGACAGGGCUGCCCACUCUCCUCCCGGUUACUCUCACUCUGGUGGCCGAAGCUCCUGAUAAUGUUCAUGAAGACUAAGGUUUUCCAAUGUGCCUUUACGUUUUGCGUGUCCGAGGAAUAUGCGUUGUCGCGCUCGGAUCAAUCCUGGAAGCUCGCGACCCUGUCCGACACUUCUGAGGCUGUCCUCUCUGGACACUCGGGCCAAGGGAGGAACCACAUUUCUGCGGCCGCCAUAUUACGCCGAAUUUCAGCCGCCAGUUUAGGAGAGUUGACCAUACACUUAUAUAGACCAUACUACAUGGGGGUUUAUCGGGCUCUAAAAGUGGUGGGUGGGGAAUACCCCUAUUCUGGGGGGGGGCGCCGGGUGGGGAUUUCCCCAAAGUUCGUGCACUCGUCCCCGCCCAGCCAAGUGGUGGACGCUUCCCUCCUCAUCAACGACAUUCCUCGCUGGUUCUCUGGGGCUAAGCUCAACUUUGCGAGAACUCCGCGUUUCCAAGGAUGGACCGUGUGCGAUUUACCCAAGUGGAGUCUUUUGGGCAACAGCCUAGGGGAGCUCACCUCACCUGACUUUGGGGUCACAGGCGUGUUGGAAAGGUUCACGCAGAUAGAACCAAGCGUCCUCUUUACGGUGGAAGCAGUUGUCUACAAUGGGAAGAUCCACGAUCACACUGCCAAGGUCAAGAAAGUUGUUGCAGGCCUGAAGCACUUGAAGAAGGUUGUCAUUGUGCCAUUCGUGCAUAAGAAACAGGACAUUGACAUUUCUGACAUCCCAAAUAGCAUUUUCCUGGACGACUUCCUGGCCGAGUGGGAUACGGGUGAAGCCGUAGAGUUCGAGCAGCUCCCUUUCCACCACCCACAGUUCAUCAUGUUCUCGUCUGGAACAACUGGCGUCCCCAAGUGCAUGGUUCACUCAGCAGGGGGAACGCUCAUCCAAAUAGCCAAGGAACACAUUCUUCAUUGCGAUCUCACAAGGGAAGAUGUCCUUACCUACUAUACCACAACGGGUUGGAUGAUGUGGAACUGGCUUGUGGUGGGGCUUUUCACUGGCUGCUCUCUCUUUCUCUAUGAUGGUUCUCCGCUUCUGCCCACGCCCUCCAUCAUGUGGGACCUCGUCGACAAGCUUGGCAUCACUGUCCUGGGCACAGGUGCCAAGUGGCUGGCUGUGCUGGAGGACAGGGGAGUAAAGCCUCGGGAGACCCAUGACCUGUCCUCCCUCAGAGCCAUUCUCUCAACUGGAUCUCCACUUGCAAACCACUCCUUCAGAUAUGUCUAUCGGGAUAUUAAGGAGGACGUGUUGCUGGGCUCCAUCACGGGAGGAACUGACAUCAUUUCCUGCUUCAUGGGCAGCAACCCCACCUUGCCUGUGCAUGGGGGUGAACCCCAGUCUAAAACCUGGGAAAUGGCAUUUUUGGGCUUGAACGAGGAGGGGCAGGCAGUUUAUGACACAAGUGCCGAGCUGGUGUGCACAAAGCCUUUCCCCUCCAUGCCCACGCACUUCUGGAACGAUGACGGCGAGAUCAAGUACACCAAGGCUUACUUUGCAAAGUACCCCCGCACGUGGACUCACGGUGACUUUGUUACCUUCAAUUCCAAGACAGGGGGAAUAACAAUGCUUGGGCGAAGCGACGGAACGCUCAAUCCAAAUGGGGUCCGUUUUGGAAGCGCAGAGAUUUAUAACAUUGUUGAGCAGUUUGACGAGAUAAAUGACAGUGUGUGUGUUGGCCAAAGGAAUGCAGAGGGUGAGGAACGGGUCGUACUCUUUUUGAAGAUGCUCCCUCCUGCCGAACUAACACCAGAGUUCAAGCGCCGUCUUGCGGUGGCAAUUCGUACACAGCUGUCAGCUAGGCACGUUCCCUCUGUCAUCCUGCCCAUUUCAGAAGUGCCAUACACCGUGAGUGGCAAGAAAGUGGAGGUUGCUGUGCGACAAGUCAUCCAAGGGGAGACUGUUGGAAACCGAGCCGCACUUUCCAACCCGGACUCUCUCGAUCUCUAUGCCAAUCUCCCUGAACUGCAAGGGUGGUGAGACUCCAGGGGACAGAUAGUGACACUAGGGGAAGGAUGGUGAGUCUACAAGGGUGGCAAGAUGCAUAUUGUAAAUCCACUUGUUGAUCUGUAUUUGUCGCGUUAGGUGACCUGGUUCUGCACAAGAUGCUGGGGACAAGUCAUGAUAUGAUAUAUAAAUUGGAAAUUAAAGAAGAGAAAGAAAAGAGGAAGUGGUGAUAAUAAACUGCAGAAGAAG